AGAGGGAAGUAUCAGAUUCCUCUACUCAGGCUGUGGGCUGUCACUGUCUAAUAAUAUGAGCGUUUUGCCAUCUCUCUGCAAAUAAGGCAGAAGCUGCUACCUGAUUGGGAUGACAGCCACUUUCCCUCAACAUUGAUUUUCUUAUUCUCCUCCUUUGCUUCAUAAAGAGAGGGACAAGUGCCCGGUGCUGUGGACAGAGAAGCUUUAUUUUUAGUAUGAGACAACCUCUAUUUUUUUUCAGGAGAGGGAAGUUGGAUUAUCAAUUCUUUUGUAAAUGUGUAUGGUGAUAUUUGCUCCGCUUUUUGCCAUCUUCGCAUUUGCAACAUGCGGUGGCUAUUCCGGAGGCCUGCGGCUGAGUGUGGACUGCGUCAACAAGACGGAAAGUAACCUCAGCAUUGACGUAGCAUUCGCCUACCCGUUCAGGUUGCACCAGGUGACUUUUGAGGUUCCUACCUGUGAAGGCAAGGAGCGGCAGAAGCUGGCCUUGAUUGGAGACUUCUCAUCUUCAGCAGAAUUCUUUGUCACCGUCGCUGUCUUCGCCUUCCUCUAUUCCUUGGCUGCCACCGUCGUUUACAUUUUCUUCCAGAACAAGUACCGAGAGAACAACCGGGGCCCACUUAUAGACUUCAUUGUCACUGUCGUCUUCUCAUUUCUGUGGUUGGUGGGCUCAUCAGCUUGGGCAAAGGGACUGUCUGAUGUCAAAGUUGCAACGGAUCCCAACGAAGUGCUGUUACUGAUGUCAGCUUGCAAGCAGCCGCACAACAAGUGCAUGGCUGUCCACAGCCCUGUAAUGUCCAGCUUAAACACAUCUGUGGUCUUUGGAUUCUUGAACUUUAUUCUGUGGGCUGGAAAUAUAUGGUUCGUGUUCAAGGAGACUGGCUGGCAUUCCUCCGGGCGAUACCUCUCAGACCCGAUGGAGAAGCACUCAGGCAGCUAUAAUCAAGGUGGUUACAACCAAGACAGCUAUGGCUCAAGUGGUGGGUACAGCCAGCAGGCCGGUUUGGGGCCAACCUCUGAAGAGUUUGGCCAACAGCCCAGUGGCCCCACUUCCUUUACCAACCAGAUUUAA